GUCAUCCCAAGGUCAGGCUACCCAGAAGGCCAGAACCUAACCACGAAAAAUGGCGGCGGCCCCGGACAGCAAGGCAAAGUCUCCAGAGGAGCUCCUAUGUGCGGCGGCGGAGUCCGGCAACGCGGAAGCUGUCGCUGACUUACUUUCCUCUGGUGCUGACCCCACGCACUUCGACAGCUCCGGCAUGACACCACUCAUGCACGCGGCGACCGGUGGCCACGUCGCCGCUUCGCGGCUCCUCCUUGACGCCGGUGCGCCCUGGAACGCACUCUCCCCUUCAGGUCUCUCUGCGGGUGACCUUACCUCGGAUCCCGCCACAUACGACCUGCUCCUCGACCACGCCCUGCGCUCCGAGCUCAUCCUCGGUACCGUUGCCCGCCGCCAAGCGCCCCCAACGGACUCCUCCGACGGGGUCCCGGCCGAGAGCUACCUCGACUCAAGGGUUUCAUUCAGCGAGGAUCGAGUGAUGGAUGCAGAGAGCAAGGCGGUUAUGAUGGAGUGGGAGCGUCCGCUGAUGGAGGCGCACGCGCGAGCGGUCUGCACCGGCGCCGGCAAGGUGCUCAACGUGGGCUUCGGGAUGGGGCUCGUGGAUGAGGCGAUACAAAGUUACGAGCCCGAGGAGCACACCAUCAUCGAGGCCCACCCGGAGGUGUACGCCCGGAUGCUCAAGCUCGGGUGGGGCGAGAAGAAGAAUGUCAAGAUCGUCUUCGGGCGGUGGCAGGACGUGAUCCCGCAGCUCGGCUCGUAUGACGGUAUAUUUUUUGACACAUACGGAGAAUACUACGAGGACAUGAGGGAGUUCCAUGAACAUCUUCCUAAGCUACUGAAGCCCGGAGGAGUGUAUUCAUACUUCAACGGCCUAUGUGGUGAUAAUGCGUUCUUCCAUGCGGUGUACUGCCAGCUUGUCGCGCUAGAGUUGGCGAACCUCGGGUAUUCGACACAGUUCAUCCCUCUGCCAGUCAAAGAUUGCCUCUCGGAGAAAAUAUGGGAAGGCGUGAAGCAGAAAUACUGGCAACUGGACACGUAUUAUCUCCCUGUUUGCCAAGAGGAGACAGAAUCAGAGUAGAACUAGUGGGGUAAUUUGCAUUAGCAGUUCUCACUAGCUGUUUGCUGCUACAUUUGUAGGUUCAGGCAAUGCUUCAGAGUUACAGACGAGGUUUCAGGGACUGAAACUUUCUUUCGGCAUGUUGCUUGCUGAUUGUGAUCAAUGAAAGAACUCCCGUUUUAGACGCUUGGAAA